AUGUAGAUUACUUAUGUAAUUUAGAAAAAGCAAAUAAGUAAACAAAAAGAAUAAAGUAUUAAUCACUGUACUUCCUCAAUAGAAUAAAUUGUCAGCUAAGCUCAAAUAAAAGAAAAUGAAUUCUAAGCUAAAAAGCCAACCUCAAAUAAGUUGAAUUCAUCUAUCUUUUAGAAGGAUUUUCAAACAUUUACAGAAAGUAGCAAUUAGCUUCUCAAUGAUUAUGAAAAACUUAAUCUGAAAAAUAUUUCUAAAUAAUAAAUCAAAUUUAAUCGAAUCUAGCAAAAAAAUAGUAUUUAAAGGAAUCAUGAUUCAAUCAGCAUAAAAACCUAUUCUCCUCAAAAAGAAAAUAUUUUAAAUAAAUCAAUUUAAAAUGAAAAAAGGCAUAAUUUAUCUGAAAUAAUUACUCGAUAUAGAAGCUCAACAACAUAAGAGGAUUCAAGGAAGAAAAACUCUGAAUUUUUUUCAACUCCAUAAAAGAAGAUUUUAUAAUUUAAAAGUCCUGAAAAUAAUUUAAAGCACUCUUUUUCAACAUCUUCUUUUAUCACAUAACCACCUAAAGAGGAAAAUCAUCAAAUUAAGAAAAUAUUACACAGAUCUCAAACUUAUUAAAAUCUUAACUCUACUUAAUUAUAAGAUAAAUAGCCUACAGUGGGGAUUAAGAAAGAAUAAUAAUGUUUGCUGAUUAAGAGCGCGUUUACAUUACUUCCAAAUAAUAGAUAUUUACCUCUUGAUGAUGAUAAAAUUAUAACCAUUAGGACUCCUGUAUCAUCAUCUGAUUCUUCUGACAGCGGUGAUAUCAAUGAAGAUUUAACUUAAUCUCAUAAGAAGGUUGAACCAAUAAAUGAAUCUUCCAAGUAGUUUUUAAAAAAUUUUCUUAAAGAGAGGAGAUAGCAAGAGAAAUAAAAUACUUGCAUAAAAAUGAGCAAUUAAGUUAGAAAAAUAUAAUAAACGAUCUUAAAUAAAGUUUUGAAUGAAAUGAAUAAAGAAAAAGAAAGAAAAUUAAUAAUUAAAAACCUAGAAAUAGUUAAAUUUCUAAUGAAAAACAAAAAGAAGUUAACAAGUGAAGACUAUGAUCCUCUUGUUCACUACCGCCCUAAAGAUAACUUUUGCAAGAAUAAAAAGACCAUUCUAAAAUUGAAUAGUGGGUUUCAUCCUCCUAAAGAUAGUGCAGCAAUAGCACGAGAUUAGCAAGAAGAAUAAAAAAAUUUUAUUAUUCCAUGCUAGAAGUAAAACUUCUUUGGGAGUGAAUAUCGUAGAAUGCUUAAUAGAGGAGUCCCCUAAAUAGUUAAAGACCUUUAAAGCUUUCGAUAGUGA